AAAAUGGAAGGAGGAAAUCAGUCUGUGGUGUCAGAAUUUAUACUUUGGGGACUUGCCCACUCAAAGAAUCUUCAGAUCUUACUCUUUGUGAUGUUUUUGAUACUUUAUAUGCUCAUUGUGUCUGGAAAUAUUGUCAUCCUUGUUUUAAUCACCACUGACCGCCAUCUCCACUCUCCCAUGUACUUCUUGUUGGCCAACUUGUCCUUUGUUGAUAUGUGUCUUUCCUCAAACACUACUCCUAAGAUGAUAUCUGACUUUCUCAGGGAAAGCAAGACCAUUUCCUUUGCAGGUUGCAUGUCUCAGGUCUUCUUUGCCCAUUGCAUUGGUGCCGGAGAGAUGGUGUUGUUGGUGGUAAUGGCUUAUGACCGCUAUGUGGCCAUCUGCAAACCACUCCACUACUUUACCAUUAUGAACCUGAGAAGAUGCACUGGGCUGGUGUUGACUUCCUGGAUCACUGGUUGUAUACAUGGUAUAAGUUACAUGGUAGUGGUUGUGCAGUUGCCUUUUUGUGGCCCCAAAGAAAUUGAUAGUUUCUUCUGUGACAUG